UUUGAGCUAGUUAUUCUGUCGCAUUACUUAAGGUCUUCUCUCUGCUAGCUUGUAUUAAAAACGACCUGGUUUGCUGAUAUUCCUGCACAUUAACUUCUUGUUCCUUAGAGAAAACCAUGAGUGAAUUUCCGAUUAACCCCUUGGUUUUGAUUGGCGUCGGAUCCAGUUUCGCUUUCUCUGGAUUGUUUUAUAAUUUAUACCAGGCCAAGAAAGAAGAACUGCGAAAGCUAAAUGAAAUACCCAUUUUCAAACCAGAUCAACAUUUGUUUAAAUUACUAAAGUCAGCUACACGGAAACGAUUCCAAUACAUUGCUGUAGAAGGUCUGGUCCAGCCAGAUGGGGAGCCACUGGCUAGCAAGUUUGUUCCUCGAAGCUUCGGGGUUGUCCAGAAGAUAUCAGAAGAGGAGCACUGGGAGUACUGGAACUCUCUGUCUAAAACAUGGAACUCGCGGAAAACCAACCGGACGCAGACCAACCACACGGUCCCCUUCAGCCUGGUGGCGCCAGGGGGCUACACCUCCCCCGGCGGCCACGACGACGAGGUCUACGUGAAGGUGCAGAACCCCCUGGAGGCCACGGGCCUGGACCUGGACCGGGUCCACUACCGCGUGCGUCGCGCCGCGGAGGGGGGCUUGUCCGGCGCGGUCCUCCAGGGUCUGAGCGGCGAGAGGGCGGUGGCCAAGGAGGAGAGCGAGGAGAUGCUGCGGGUCGGCGCCACCGUCACGGGCUUCGGGGAGCUGGUUCUGGAGGCUGACGCGGGGGCGGGGGCGGGGGUGAUGAGGCUGCAGGCGCCACAGGACGGCCGUCCGUACAUCUUGGUCGCCACGGACUACAAGAGCUACUUGGCGCGGCACGAGAGCUCCGCCUCCAUGUGGAAGACGCUGGCGGUGGCGUGCGGCGCCGUCGGGACCACCGUUUUGGCGGGAACUCUCUACAACCUCCUCAAGAAACACAACGAUAAAUAGACCGUGAUAUUGUUAUUAAUGAUCUACUCUUCUUGGGAUUCGGCAGGCAGCCACACCUCGGCUGGUUGUUGAUAUGAAUGGGAUGAGGAGGGCUGUUCAGUUAAGACGUGCCUAUUGUGAGUAGCCAAUUACACGUUUAUUUAAUCAGGGGUUAGUCAGGUGUAUUUUAUCCAGUUUAUGUCUUUAAUCAAUAAGUGAGUCUUGGUGAGAAUGGCCUUGUCUGAGGUCAAUCGGUAGAGCAAGGGAGUAACACGGCCAGGGGAAGGGGUUCGACUGCCAUUCUUAACAUCCACACUGUUGUGAGGCUUUGGAUAAAAGCGUCCACCAAAUCACUGAGAAUGUCAAGUACUGUAUUCAUUCCUUACCUCAUACCUUAUUCCCAUAACUAAAUCACUAGGAUCGCAGAUCUGGAGCAUGUGUCUGAUAGCAUAGUUCUUCUCAAUGAUGUCCUCUGAUAUAGUACAGUAUAUUUGUAUACUAAUCAACAUACUUUAUCAAUAGAUACAUUUAUCCAUUGAUAAACUUCACUAAGGAAGAAUAUAACAUCGUGAUGGUAUAUAUUUCUGAUAGAUAUGGUUCAACUUGUGUAUCCUGUAAGAGUGUUAAAUCCAAACAUUACAAAGGGUUGCUUGAAUUUAAAGGGAAUUCCAUGAUUAAAGAAAAACUUGACAUGAAAACGUCUUUGGGGCCUAGAGUGCAUGUUUAUGAAUGUGGAGUUCACUUUAAGUUACAUUUGAAGUCAAUUAGUCUAUGCAUUAUAGGCCUUGGAAGAAUGUAACCUCUGUGUUUAAUGUAGGCCUAAUGCAAGCCUUAUAUAGAAACUGAUAAUGUAAUAACUGUUGAUAAUGUAAUACAAAUGCUGAUUGAUAAUUUAAUGGCUUUUGGCAAAUUGACAGUAUUACAUUAUGCUUAAGUUAUUACAUUAUCUAGCAAGUACAUAGUAUAAAUAAGGUUAUUUAUUAAAGGUAGAUGUAACACCACAAUAGAACAUACACAGGAAACAAUAGGCCUAUAUUUAUAGGUAUAGGUUAUGCAUUAUUUGUAGAUAAAUAAAUAAUGCAUCAUAGCUGCUAUAUGCCAUUUGAACACGCGCACACGCACAAACACACGCCCAAAUGUAGAAACACCUGCUUAUAAUUUAUUUGGUGAAUUGACCGCUAGAGGGUAGCAAAUCUAGGUAAACUGGUCAUUUGUUCAACUUGUUCUAUUUGGUUCCUAGGCUGCCUCUCCUUCGAAUCUAGGUAGAUAUUUAGUGCUUUUUUCCAGUACUGGUCCCAGACAAGCGCUACACUAUGCUAUGAGGCACGCACAUUUUAAAAGGUUGAAACUCCAAGUUACACCGAUGACAGCUUCACGAUGACACAAAAAAAACUAGUAAUCCGCUGCUUUGAUGUCCUCUAGCGGUCAAAUCUCCAAAGCUCAUAUUUAAUUUUCCAUUGGAUCCCAGUUUACGACGUCACUCAGACCGACGACGUGCAACAUUUUCAUGUUUUUAUCUUGUUUAUUUUUAAGCUGAUGUUAGUCACCCUUCACUGGUUAGCUGAUAUUCCUGCACAUUAACUUUGGCUUCUUGUUCCCGAGAGAAGCCAUGAGGGAUUGUUGCAUAUUCUCGAAGAAAGUUGUCCAAUCCCGGGUUGCUUUAAACUCACUUCAUUUACUAUAAAGUCGUCUGCAUGUUUCGGCAUGGUAAGUGAAGCUAUACGGAGGGAAUUGUAGCUAAAGAGUGGAACACGUGUGAGAGAUAAUAACUCUGGCUACUAUGGGCAACGGGCAGAGGCCCGUGACCCUUCGCGGGUGUCGCUGAAAAUCUCUGGAGAGAGAAAGGGACAUUCCAUAACUAAAAGAAAAACAUGACAUGGCAUGAAAAGGUGUAGUCUCUCCUGGGUUGAGUGGGCUACUCAAAGGGCCCAGAAUCAAAUAUCAAUGAGGGUCACAAUGAUGCACACCGCUGCUUGCUAGCUUCUACAGUUUAGUGCAACAAUGCAUGCCCAAACUCAGGCCUAUAACCAUACUGCUGUUACUCCAUGUUGUGUUUUGUCGAGUGCCAAUUUUGAUUCAGUCAAUGGG